GUUGCUAUGGCAACACAUGUUUGAGACAGCAGGCUUGAAAGAGAAGUGGACUUCUGAGUUUAAGUGCUAACUCUGUGCUAGCUUCUAAAAACGACCGACACAUUGCCUGGCUCUCUUUGUUAUUUGCGCAAUAUAUACGAUGCCACCCAAAAACAAAGGCACAAGUAAAAAGCCUGCAAAGGCAAGGACGCCCACACUGAUAGAUGGCCUUACCAAGGAGGAGAUGUCCAAGGAGCAGCUGGAAGAGCACAUUGUGCACCUUCGAGAGGAGCUUGAUAGAGAGAGGGAGGAGAGAAACUACUUUCAGCUGGAGAGGGACAAGAUCCACACCUUUUGGGAGAUCACAGACAGACAACUAGAGGAGGUCAAGGCUGAACGGAAAAGCUUAGAUAAGGACAUAGAAGAGGAUGAGGGGCGCCACCAAGUAGAGAUCAAGGUGUAUAAGCAGAAGAUGAAGCACCUCCUGUGCGAACACCAGAACACGAUCUCUGAGUUGAAAGCAGAUGGUUUAGUCUCCACUGAGGUGGUGCAGAAAGAGCAAGAACAAUUAGAGACUGAGCUUCAUAAGAAAAUGAGAGCCACCAUGGUAGACAUGCAGGAGCUUGACAUUGAAAACCUUGUCAAGGAGCUUGAACUGAAACAUGAUGAAGAAAUGACCAAAACAAGGAACAGCUGGGAGAAGCAACUCACAGAAAUUCAAGCAAAGUAUGAGAAAAAGAUGGAGUUGCUUCCACAAGAGCUGGACAACAUGAGGAAAAAUGAGACCAGUGAGAGAGAGGAUCAUUGGAGCAGCCACAUCAGCGCUCUUAUAGAAGACCACAACAAAGCUUUCAGUGAGGCUAAUGUACUCGUUAAUCGCAUGCAACAGGAUUUGGAUAUGAAUGAGUCACUCAAGACACAAAUUAAAGACAUGAAGGCGAAACAGAAGGAGAAGGAAAAGGACCUGGUCCCUGUUUUGCAGGAUAACAAACGUCUCGCUGAGCUUCUCUUGAAAGUCGAGGAGGAAAACGCUGAAUAUCAGAAAAAAAUAAAAUACUAUGUGACGAAAAAGGAUUCCAAUGAAAAGGUCAAAGAAAAGGAGUUGAGUGAUCUGAAAUGGGAUUAUGAGGUACUGGAACAGAAAUUCAGCAAGCUUCAGCUGGAAAGGGACGAACUGUACAUGACAUUCUCUCAGAAUAUUCAGAAGGUGCAGCAUAAAGCAGGUUUAAAGGGCAUUUUGCUGGAAAGGAAGCUGAAAGUCCUGACCGACAGCCUGGAGAAGACACAGGCUCAGCUCAGCUCGGUGCUUUCUGCCUCUAACGUGGACCAAACUGCCCUUGGUGGGGUCACUAACAGAAUUGAGGAAAAUCUUGACUCCAGUAAUAAUUCCAUCAAGAACUUAAAGUAUAAAAACGCUCAGAUUUCCAAGGCCCGUAAGGAUUUGCUGCUGACCUACGAAGCAAAGCAAAGGGCUCUUGGUGUCCCUGUGGAGGAGCUUUGUGUAAAGCCCUUUGAGAGCAGUCUCGCUGGGAAAAGUCUGGAACAAGACUUGGGUCCUGGGUUUUCCCCAAAAUGAGAAGCCAUGAAAAAGUCUGAACCAUUUACAGCAAAUCUCACUUUCUUUUCAUCUUUUCUCAUUACAAUCUAAAUUUGUUUCUCAUACUUUCCUUUGACACAAAAAUAUUAACAUGAAAUAUUGUUUUCUCUAUCUCAUAAUUAUGAAUUGCCAUCUUGUAAUUAUGAGAAAACAAUGGUCUGGGAGUUUAGGGUAAAAGGUCCGUCAUGUUCUUGAUUCCCACUGCCCUCCAAAGGCAGAGAUACGUAACUACAGACAAACUUAAGUUAAGAAUAACGGGUUAAAGUGUUCAGGCUGACCAGCAAACUGUGCAACAGAUAUAACAGUUGUAAUGUCUUACCUAUAACAUGAUAGCUGCUUUCUUCAGCUUUCUUGUCCAUUUGAACUAGUUUGUUCAACACAAAUUAUUUUUAUUUCUUUUAUCAUCAUUCUCAUAUCAGCAUCUUUUAUCUUGAGUAAAUAGUUGAAAUUGAUAUAAUAAUGAAUAUAGAAUUAAAUACAUUUAAAUAUGUGAUUUAAAGCAGUUGAAAAAUCACAUAUUUAAAUGUAUGAUAAUGAUAACUCUAAAUUGCCCGUAUUGAAUGAAUGUGAGAGUGAAUGGUUGUCUGUCCUUGU